UCCCCUCGUCUCUCCCAUUGGAAGCCCCCAAACGAGAGGCCAACCACCGCUCUGCUCCACGGUGGCGCCGGAUUCUUACCGGGGAGCACCUCACCGCGGAGAACGGUGAAGUGCUCGCAAGUUUAGCCGCCGCAUAUAUCGUAAACACAGAACCGUAGAGGGCUAUUACUGUGUCUGUGUGUGGAGAGAGAGAGAGAGAGAGAGAGAGAGAAAGAGGUCGGGAUGGGGCAGAGUUUGAGCUGUGGAGCGAGACAGGACCACGGCAUAUUUACCGCCGUGCAGUCCGGCGACAUCACAGCGGUGCGCGGGGUUCUGGCGGCGGAUCCCGGUCUCUUGAAUCAGGCCACUGUCUAUGAUCGUCACUCCAUUCUUCAUAUCGCGGCUGCUACUGGCCAGAUCGAGAUUUUGUCUAUGCUUCUGAUGAAAAUGACAAAUCCAGAUGUGUUAAAUCGUCGCAAACAGACUCCAUUGAUGUUGGCUGCGAUGUAUGGGAAGAUCUCCUGCGUGAAGAAGCUCAUUGAAGUCGGGGCUAAUAUUUUGAUGUUUGAUUCUGUCAAUCGACGAACAUGCUUGCAUUAUGCCGCGUACUACGGCCAUGCUGACUGUGUUCAAGCCAUUCUUUCUGCUGCUCAGUCAAGCCCUGUUGCUGUUCAUUGGGGAUAUGCAAGAUUUGUGAAUAUUAGAGAUGACAAGGGAGCAACCCCAUUGCAUCUUGCAGCCCGUCAAAGACGGCCUGAAUGUCUGCAUGUCCUGUUGGACAAUGGUGCUCUCGUUUGUGCAUCUACAGGUGUAUAUGGUUCUCCGGGAAGUACACCUCUUCAUUUGGCAGCAAGAGGCGGGUCUAUUGAUUGCAUCCGCAAAUUGCUUGCCUGGGGUGCUGAUCGUCUUCAGAGAGACGCUUCCGGGAGAAUUCCAUAUGUAGUUGCUCUGAAGCAUAAGCAUGGAGCCUGUGCUGCUUUGCUUAACCCAUCAUCCAUGGAACCUCUGGUUUGGCCAUCACCAUUGAAGUUCAUCAGUGAGCUUAACGACGAGGCAAAAGCCCUCCUAGAGCAUGCUCUAAUGGAGGCAAACAGGGAGAGGGAGAAAACAAUCCUCAAGGGAAGCGCUUACUCCCUGCCAUCACCGUCUCCUUCCGAGACUGUAUCGGACGACAUGUCUGAGGGGAGUGAUACUGAGCUCUGCUGUAUCUGCUUCGAGCAAGUAUGCACGAUCGAAGUCAAGGACUGUGGUCACCAAAUGUGUGCACAAUGCACACUGGCGCUGUGUUGCCACAACAAGCCGAACCCCACAACCUCCACGGUGAACCCUCCGGUCUGCCCAUUCUGCAGAAGCACCAUCGCAUGUCUAGUCGUCGCCCAGAACAAGAACAAGAGCCAAGACGAGGUUGAUCUCGAUCCAACCGACUUGAGCUCCUCGAAAUUCAGAAAGCACAGAAGAUCGACGAACCUGAGCGAGGGAAGCAGCAGUUUCAAGGGCUUGUCAGGCGUUGGAUCCUUUGGUAAGAUGAGCGGUCGUGGCUCCGGAAGAAUCGCUGCCGACGAUUGGAUCGACAAACCGUUGUCGUGAACUCGAGGUUUGGAUUUAGAGCUGCGAGAAUGGAUAUCUAAGCAAAUUGCAAAAGAUGCAGGGGAGAUUGUGAAAAUGUAUAAAAUAUAGAUCCAUUUGUGCAAGGAUUGUAGAUUUUGUGGGGUGGGGUGGAAAUAAGCAAAAAGGGGAAGUGAGUUGUCUCCUCUUUUAGCUCCGGUAAGUUUGGCAAAUGGUUGUUGUUUCAUUUGUUUACUUCAUAUCGAAGUAUCUAAAAUUCUUGUCUCUCA